AUGGACAGCUCUUCCGACCACAGCAGCCGUGCCAGUCCCGUAACCGGCAGUCCGAAACAUCCUCACAGCCCGUCGACGCAGCAGAGCCAGCAGCAGCAGCAGCAACAGCUACACGGCAGUCAGCAUCAACCGCCGCCGUCUCAUCAGUCGCACGGGCGCGAUCAGAUCCGCGAUCAUCAGCAGCAUCGCGGUGUGCCGACACCGGGAUCACCCACGAGAGGUUCACCACCCCAGGGCCUUCCUCUGAGUCCGCCGCCGUUGUCGGCCGGGGGCGGCCCCGGGGCACCGCCGGGUAUGGUGCCUCGUAUGCCGGGUCUGCCGCCGCCGGGACUGGGACUACUGGGCCAGCUCGGUGGUAUGCUGAGCGGACACCAUGGCUCGCCACUGGAGCUGAUGGCAGCCCAUCACGCGGUCCUGCCACCAAGAUCCUACAACAGUCCACCGCCGAUUAGUACUAGCGAUCCUACCGCCAACGAGUGCAAGUUGGUCGACUACCGUGGCCAAAAGGUCGCCGCGUUCAUCAUCGCCGGCGACACGAUGCUCUGUCUGCCACAGGCCUUCGAGCUGUUCCUCAAACACCUCGUGGGCGGCCUCCACACAGUCUACACGAAGCUCAAGCGUCUGGAUAUCGUGCCGUUGGUGUGUAACGUCGAGCAAGUUAGGAUCCUACGCGGCCUCGGAGCCAUCCAGCCCGGCGUCAAUCGGUGCAAGCUGCUCAGCUGCAAAGAUUUCGACAUUCUUUACAGGGAUUGCACCACGGCCAGCUGCGCGGUGGAAGGAGAAACUGGACCUUCGACGAUCUUGUCGGCGUUCCGCUCGAUUCAAUUUGUCGGGUCGAGGGAGAUCGGUCGCGGUGAGAGUCCGGAAUUGAAACAUCCGACGAUGAAACAUCCCGCGCAGAUAUUGGGAAAUAAAAUACCUCGCAUAUUCCGUACACGAACACACGCGACAUACACAUGCAUGCCGAAAGGUCGAGCUAUAGCCCGCUCGCCUUUUCUCGACCAAGCGGAGAGGAUGUAG